UUUGUUUCCCCCCUCCUUCCCAUUUUCCACAUCCAUAAACCCUAGAAAAUAGAGUUAAACCCUAGCUACUGUGCUUUCAAUGGCGUCGUCUUUGGUGAAAUCCCUACUCAAAACUUCUUCUUCAUCAUCCUUAAGCUCUUCUCUUAGAUCAGUCAUCUCUAUAUCUUCUCGCUCAUACGCUAGGGUUUCAGCAAAAGAGAAGUAUCAGAAAGAGAGUGAAAAAGAAGAGAUAGUCCCAGUAUUUGAAUCAGAUGUUUGUGAUGCCCCAGCUUCUGGAAUCAGUAAACCCUUAUCAGAAAUCCUUAAAGAACUCAGCAAAAGAAUUCCCGAUGCACUUAUCAAAACCCGUUCUGAAAAGGGGUUUACCAUGAGAUACAUUCCCUGGCACAUUGUGAAUAGAAUUCUGAAUGUACACGCUCCAGAAUGGUCAGGUGAGGUCAGAGACAUCAAAUAUUCUGCUGAUGGGAAAUACGUAUCAGUCAUAUAUCGUGUUACACUAUAUGGAACUGAUGCCAAGAUUUACAGGGAAUCGACUGGAACUGUAUCUGUGGAUGACAAGAUUUCUGGAGAUCCAGUUCAGAAGGCAGAAUCAAUGGCAUUUCGUCGUGCUUGUGCACGCCUUGGUCUGGGGCUUCAUCUGUAUCAUGAUGAUCUGUCAUAAAAAUGAAGAGAAGAUACAACAGUUUUCUCCUAGGAUUAACUUUUUGCGCCCUAUCUGGAUCACUUACUUUGGUCAAACUUUUAAGAAUUCAAAAGCAUCCUCCGACUGAUGUUGAUGAGGGCAUGU